AUGGGCAAGUCUGACGAUGGAUCCGAGUGGUUAGCUCUCUCGUUUCUCAGUAAAGAGAGGAGGUUUUUAAAAAAAAUGGAGGGGGUGCCCCAGAGCACUGUGCUCUCUGUUGCUGCCAAAGUGCCAUUCCUCGACCUCUGUAACACUUUAGAGAAGAUUCAAAAAGCCAAAACUCGCCCGGAGAAGUCCAGAAUUCUCGGAGACUUCAUCGACACUUGGCGGAAGUUCCACAGUGUUCUUCACAAAGACGACCCUCAAACCACAGACUCCUUUUACCCCGCCAUGCGCCUCAUCGUCCCUGCGUUUGAGCGCGAGCGCAUGGCCUAUGGUAUCAAAGAGAACAUGUUAGCCAAGCUGUACAUCGACGUCCUGGGGCUGCCCAAGACCGGCCCAGAGGCAAACAAGCUGUUGAACUAUCGCGCGCCCAGCAGCUCGCAGGGGGAGGCCGGGGACUUCGCCGGAAUGGCCUUCUUUGUGCUGAAGACGCGCUGCAGCGGUCAGGGCAAACUCUCCAUCAAAGAAGUGAAUGAGUUUCUGGACUCUGUGGCGAUCAACAACGCGAGCAAGAAGAAGGAGCUGGUGAGGAAGAGCCUACUGCAUCUGAUCACACAGAGCUCGGCGCUGGAGCAGAAGUGGUUGAUCCGCAUGAUUCUGAAAGACAUGAGGAUUAGCAUCAGCAAAGAGACGGUGCUGCAGGUGUUCCACGCGGACGCAGCCGAGCUUUACAACGUCAACACGGAUCUGAAGAAAGUGUGUUUGCAGCUGCACGAUCCAGCGGUGUCUCUGAGCGAUGUUUCCAUUGGCCUGUUCUCCGCGUUCAAGCCCAUGCUAGCAGCUGUAGCUAACUUACGCAACAUCGAGAAGCAGAUGGGGAACAGUCCGUUCUACGUCGAGACCAAACUGGACGGAGAGCGCAUCCAGCUGCACAAAGACGGCGAUGUUUACAAGUACUUCAGCCGCAACGCCUUCGAGUACACACAGCAGUUUGGGGGUUCGCCACUAGAGGGCUCCCUCACGCCGCACAUCCAUCAGGCGUUCGAGCGCCGCGUGGUUAGCUGCAUCCUGGACGGCGAGAUGAUGGCGUACAACCCGAGCGCCGACAGCUUCAUGCAGAAAGGAAGUAAGUUUGACAUCAAGAAGCUGAUGGACGACUCUGAGCUGCAGACCUGCUUCUGCGUGUUCGACGUGCUGCUGCUGAACGGCCGCAAACUUGGGAAGGAGACGCUGAGGACGCGCUCCGAAGUGCUGCAGACGGUCUUCACACCGAUCAAAGGCCGCCUUCACAUCGUGCACCGGACUGAAGUGAAGAGCGCCAAAGAAGUGGUGAGCGCUCUGAAUGAGGCCAUUGACGGCCGAGAGGAGGGCAUCAUGGUGAAAGACCCGCUGUCUGUUUACAAACCGGACAAACGUGGCGAGGGCUGGCUUAAGGUCAAGCCCGAGUACAUGGACGGGCUGAUGGACGAGCUCGACCUGCUGAUCGUCGGGGGAUACUGGGGCAAAGGCCGGCGCGGGGGGAUGAUGUCACACUUUCUGUGCGCUGUCGCCGAAGCUCCAAAACCCGGACAAACGCAGCCUUCUGUGUUCCAUACGCUCUGCCGCAUUGGCUCCGGAUACACCAUGAAGGAGCUGUACGAUCUGGGCUUAAAGCUGGCCCCGCACUGGAAGGUGUACCGCAAGAACGACCCGCCCGCCUGCCUCUGCUGCGCCGCGGAGAAGCCCGAGGUCUACAUCGAGCCGCAGAACUCUGUGAUUGUUCAGGUGAAGGCGGCAGAGAUCGUCAGCAGCGACGUGUACCGGACCGGCUGCACGCUCCGCUUCCCACGCAUCGAGAGGAUUCGCAACGACAAGGCGUGGCAUCAGUGCAUGACGCUGGCCGAGCUGGAUGGGUUUCGUAGCAGAGCGUCUGGGAAGCUGGCGUCGCGGCACCUGAACAUGGAGGACGGCGAGGCGCCGCAGAAGAAGAAGAGGAAGGUCCCGCUGAAGCUGAAGAAGGUGGUGGGUGUGGUGGAGCACUGCCGCGGCGCCGACCUGAGCGCCGUGCAGCAGCAAACCGACAUGUUCCAGGACGUGGAGAUCUGCGUCAUCAACGGGACAAAGGAGCAUCCCAAGGCCGAGCUGGAGAGGGGCGUGGCCAGCUGUGGAGGCCUGGUGGUGCAGAACCCAGGCCCGGACACCUGGUGUGUGGUGGCCGGAGUGGAGAACCUGCGGGUGAAGAACCUGGUGUCCUCCAGAGCCCACGACGUGCUGUGGUCAGACUGGCUCCUGGAGUGUCUGCAGCAGAGGGAGGUGGUGCCCUGGAGACCCAGACACAUGAUGGGCAUGACUGAGGCCACGAGCCAGAACUUCCACAAGCAGUUUGAUCGUUAUGGAGACAGCUUCACAGAGGACACCAGUGUGGAGCAGCUGAAGGAGGUGUUCGGGAGGAUCACCGAUGCUGAGACCGAUGUGGAUGUAGCAGGGGUGGAGCAGGCGUUUGGAUGGGAGGACUUGUUCUGGUCUCUGUUCCGUCCUUUCAUUGCCUUCAUGGACACGUCUGCUGAGGCCACAGUUUUGGAUGUGCGAGCGCUGCAGUUUGAGCUUCAUGGUGGUCGGGUGAAGCGGCAGAUGGAGGAGGGGGUGACUCAUGUGGUGGUGGAGGGAGAGGAGGACGUACAUCAGCUGCGCGAGCUCCGCAGGACGUUCAGGAAGAAGUUUAAGAUCGUGAGAGACACCUGGAUCUCAGAGUCCAUCAGCGCCGGCCUUCUGCUCGACGACAGAGACUACCAGAUUUAA